UCUGCUGCCUAAGUUAUGCUACAGAUGAAGAAAGAAAAGCAAAAGGAGAUAAUUCCUUCAACCUUAAAAGAAAAGUAAACAUAAAGGCGAGAGCACAAUGAUGAUGCAUGAAGCAAAAUCAUAUGCAACCCCAUCAAGAAGUUGUGAGUGCAUGGUGGGCGCUAUGCUAAUUGUCUUCCCCAUUCUCAAUGAACAGCAUGAAAGAAUUAGGUGGUGUACAGUGUUCUGGUGGUUAACAUUUUAAUUUUGCACUUGAACGUCAGGAAACUCACUAAAAAUAUAGAACUCAACACUCGAUGCCUUAACGUGUUGGUGGAACUACUGUGGCUAAGUUAAAGAAAGAAUCCUGUGAUAGUCGAAUUGAAUUUUCUAUUUCAAAUCAUAAACAAUGUUAACUUUAUGUAGCCUUUUAUAUCUAAAAAACUGGGGAAAAGGUAGUUGCUUGAUUUCCAUCAAUCUCAGAUACCAAAUUCUUGCUUCAUCCACUGUAGAAAAUGGAAGUUCGGGGGGCCCCUACCAAAAUGCUUUGCCUCAGGAAUUCAACAUUCUUUUACAUCUAUUUAAGUACUCUCAGAACCUUCACCCCAAUUAUGAUCAAACAUCAUAAGGUCUCUCUCUCUCAGAUACGAUUUUUAUUCAUGAAAAACCAUUUUUCGUGCUGAAUUCUUCAUGCCUGGUCUCAACCUUGUUUCAGUUGCGGAAUGCUUCAAAGGAUGCAGGGAGCACGCUCAAGUAUCGGGGCCUGGAACGAGGAUCUGGAACUUCAGCGACAAGCCCAUUGAACUUCAAAUAAGAGUGGGAUCAAUACUGAAGAAAGUUCACGUACUGAAGCCUGGAUCGUCAAAAAGAUUGAAGGGCAAGAAGAUUUACAGGGCGUACAUGCCUGGAAAGUCUAAGGGGAGUGGUACUGGCGGAGGAAUCAGGAGUUUGGUUUAUUACUAUGAUGAAACAUGCCACCCUUAUAUCUGGAUACAUGACACAGGAUGUGAUUUCUCCAGGAUGGUCAAGCAACAGUAUAUUAGCCUGGAGGACCUGAGGGAUUGCUCCGAAAUCAGAGUUUUCAGGGAUCAUCAGAGGGGCUGUAUAUCAGUUCGCAAGAAAUCCAGGCCUGAUUUCUGUUGAGAUGUUUACUACAUCUUUUUUUUUUUUUUGGAUUUUUCCUCUGUUGUUGUCAAAAAUUCGCUGUAUAAUUUUGGAGUUCAUGAAGGAUGAAUUUGUAAGGAAAAAAACAAGAAAUGUGUUGGGAAACAAGGUUAAUUUGUAAGAUAAAGAGUAACUUGUGAAUGUAUCUGCUGUGACAAUCUCUUAUUUUAACUGUUGCAAUGUGUCCAA